AUGGCGGAGUCCAUAAAUGAAAUUAAAAAGAAUGGAACAUAUUAUUAUGAUGUGGCAGAAGGAUUAACACCAGAUGAAGACAAAUCUAUAGAUGAUGUUACUAAGAGUGAUCAAACUUUGGAAAUGUUCUUUAAACAGGAUAAAGAACAAAAAUCUCAUGAGAUUACAAAGAUUGAAGACACAAAAAUACUGGGAGUGAUGGAGUGA